ACAGUUACAGGUUUUACCAGUUUUUUAGAGCAAGUUGUAAACACACUCUGUGUAGCAGUUGAGUAAUAAGUAGUGAAGCCUCCUGAUUAGGGGGAACUUGAAUUAAUUUGCUUUUUCGUUUCAUCGGGGACAUGCUCUCUUUGCAGUCUUCGAGCCUACCGUCACAAUAAAAUCUCUCGCCAAAAGUCAUUGGCGCACGACCGAGCGCUGCGUGUAUCGACGCCAUUCUCCUCCCAUACACAAGUCAAACAGGAAAAAGCGAUGCGGGACAUCCGAUGUCUGGGAUUAUCUAUUCAAACUUGUGUCUCUCCACGCGUGCAAAUCGAGUCCUUUUGUUCCUCUAGUACUGAGGCGUUGUCUCCCUUCUACCCAGGUUCUUAGUUCUCGCAAGUCCCACUUUGAAAUCCGUCGUUUUUCUGCAAGCCUUCCGUUUGCCGUCCACUGCUUUACGUCUCCCGUCGCCCCUCUAUUCCCGGCUUCUCAUGCCUUCGUGGUUGGGAAGGCACUACCUACUCGCUUCGCGACUUGUAUCGAGUUCCGCUUGUCUCUUCACCGUUUGUCUUGGUCGCGCGUCUCUGUCAUAACGUGCAUAGGGAGCUCGCCUGUUGGCGAAGCAAUCGUUUUACCAAGGCGCAGAUCAGUUGCUUGCGAGGGGUCGCGAUGGCGGCUCCUCGAGGACUUCCGAUCAGCGCUGCGACGUUGAUGGAAGGAGUCUGUCGAGCUGCAGGUCUGGAAAUGCGAAGCAGUGAACUGGAUCAGAAGUCGCUUGGCUACUUUCUUGUAGACAUUCGUACGCGAGGAGCUGUUGCCGCUCAGCAGCGCUACCUCGCUUUGCAAGGAGAAUAUGCACUUGCCUAUGACCAAUAUCUGCAGGCUCAGGCAGCUUUGCAGCCGCGUCAAGAGGCUGCCGAGAAGCUCUUGGGGCAGGUGGACGACCAGCUGAGGAAAGCGAUGGAGCAAGCAGCAAAAUAUCGCCUCGAGAGCGAGAAGAAAAGGUACCAGCGAGCUCAGGAACAAGAUGAAUUCGUAGCCAGCACCUCGGACCCCAAGUAUUACGCUAUCAUGCAAGGCCUCAACGAUACGCACCGGUCAUGGGUCGACAAAAUUGUUUUCCCCUUCUACUGCUUCAAGGCACAACUGGAGGAGUGUGAGAAUGCGCUUUGGGUGAAACACACAGCCAUCGCAACUGCUCAACAAGUUAACGCGUUGUGGACCUACGAGUGCCAGGCGGUGCAGAUGCAGCUGGAAAUGAUAAAAGACGAAGCGGAACACGAAGCUCUCGGAGCCGAAGCUCACGAGCGGUUCCUCCAGCAUCGACUCCAAGAGAUUCGCGCGAAAAACAAGGAAAGGAAGAAGAAACUAAGGGAGGAAAAGUUUCGCAGAAAGCCGGAUGACCAUGCGGCGUCUACCUCUGGACCCUAUGAAGCCGAAGAGCCUGGCGUUUCGUUGUCGCGGACCCAAGGUAGCGCGUCGCCGGGCAGUGCACCGAAGGCGAAAACGCGAGCAACGUCCCACGUAAAAAGCAUGCGCAGGUCUUCUUCGGCCACCGCAGGAAGUGCUGGGCGUCAAUCUGCUGUGCAAAGUAAAACCAAAGUUAACGCUGCAGAGUGGCUAUAGAGAUUCGGAAAGAGAAAUCGUAGCCGAGGGGAUAAGACACGCAGGUCAUCUCUACGAAGGCAGGUUGAAGAGAGUGCUUCGUUUCUUUCAGGGUUACCGGAAGAAAAGUAGAAUCGAGAAAACGGGCGCAGGCUCAACGCCGGCGUCGUCUCCCGUCUUCCGAGGCACGCAGGUGACACAUUUCGUCUGUGUUUUGCCCAGAUUGUUUUAUGGACGAGACGGAGCGGGGGG